ACGACUAUGGCGGAACAACGCGUCGCCAAGCGCAAGACGCACACCAAGUCUCGGAAAGGAUGUUUCCAAUGCAAGCAACGACACACCAAAUGCAACGAAGCGCGGCCACGAUGCGCCAACUGCGUUCGCUUGGACAUUCAUUGCACUUUCCCGACAGUACCCGGCAGCUACUCGACGCCUCAACCACCAAUCUCCGGCGCAAACUCACCACUUGCCGAGCCUUUUGCUGCCGAGAGCCCAGCUGCAGCGCAAAGUAGUCCCGAGCUCCCUUUGGCUGAUCUCAAGUUGCUGCAUCACUGGACCACGACAUGCGCCAUGUCCUUGCACCCCAACCCUGCAAAACGGAGUGCUUUUUGGAAAGAAGAAUUCGUCGAACUAGGCUUUGAACAUCCCUUCCUUCUUCGCGGCUUCCUGGCUCUCUCUGCCGUUCACCAAGCAUCCUUGCUUCCAACCAAAGAUCGGCAGGACCUCCUACUCCAAGCCGAUUCCCACAUCAGCCGCGCUUUGGACACAUACAGGAAAAAUCUAGAGACGCCCAAACUCGAGUUAGCUCUACCCAUGUUUUUAUUGUCUUCUGUCCUCCUAACCUACAACUUUGGUUCGGCACUACUCGAGCAACCCGAAGAUCCCAUCAGCGCACUUCAUCAUUGUUUUAUGCUGCUUCAAGGUAUCAAGGUCGUCGUCAUGCCUCACUGGGAUCAACUAAAAGAUACGGUGAUUUUUGAGCAAAUGACGGACCUGUCCAAUCAAGAAGACCUGAGGGCGCUAGAUGAACUUGCCGGGGACGACAGGCCCCAGGAAAUACUCCGUCUGAAUGAGCUUACCGAGUUGCUACUAGACAGCCAGGACAAGGAAGUCUGUGCAAAAGCCAUCGACAGCCUCCACAACAUAUAUGUCCGCUUCCGCCACCUACCUCCCGAUCGCGAUGAGUACUCCCUUCUUUUUGUCUGGUCAGCUCAGCUGAGCAGCCAUUUUCUCGAUCUUCUCGCAGCACACAAUCCUGUAACAUGCAUCAUCACUACUCACUUUGUUGCUCUGCUGGCUCAGAGUCGUGAGGUGUGGUGGGUCUCCAAAUGGCCACGUUGGAUACUCGCAGCAUCAGAACUGCUGUUAGCAGCGACACCUGAUCUUCUUCAAUGGUUGGAAUGGCCGCGCAGCAUUAUCGGACAACAGAUCUGGAGCUCAACACCCACCCCGGCUACCAUCUGAGCCCAUAUGAUGCUUUGCAGCCAUGACUGGACCCAAUCUAGGCAUCACCACAGCCGACUCUUAUUCUGUUAUUCCCCACUACCAGGUCCCCAAGCUCACCUGGUACAUCUAGUCUGCCACAACCGUCAGGCUGACCAAAAGCAGUAGCAGAUUCCGCAUCGCUCUACGCGAAACACGUAGAGCAAUGUAUGAAUAAAAAAAAGAGGGAGACCGCACAAAGUCCGAGUCGCCCCGAGCCAACAAAAAAUCGACAAGUCGAUGAAAGCGCGUGUGCGAAAGAGCCAAAUGCAGGAGGGGCCGGGGCAGUGCAAUCUUAUACCACCCCAUAGCGACACUAGUGCAUAUUCCAUAAUACGGCCGAUACGCGCUCCUUCGCUCGGUAAUCGCGGCAUCGUCCGUGCUUCGCCGCCCAACUUCACACCCAGCGGGGGCGUCUUUGUCCACGAAAUGGAACGCCGCCAACGACUGAGACAAGUCAUGCGCUCUUCAACCUCCC